AUGGCAGAUUAUUACAACGGCGCGGACCCUACUGCCCAGAACGGUGCUGCUCCCGUUGCUGGAAACGAGUACGCCGGCGAGGCGCAAUCAUAUGGAACUGCUGCUGCUCCCGCUGAGCCCGUUGCUCAGGGAGGAGAGGGCAAAGAAGAAGGAAAGCUCAUCCAAAACUCUGAAAUCAGCAACGAUUUCAAAAUGUUCGUCGGCGGACUUUCGCGAUCAACAACGACUGAAUCUCUCAGAACCUACUUCGAAGGCUUCGGUGGAUUGAGAGACGCUGCUGUCAAGAUCGACACAAUGACCCAGCAAAGCCGUGGAUUCGGAUUCGUUCUCUUCGAGGAUUCCGCCUCUGUGGAUGCUGUUUUGGCCACACCAGAACAUAUCCUUGACGGCAAAAAGAUCGAUCCCAAAAAGGCCGAGCGACGAGAUGGAAAGAUGUUCGUCGGAGGUAUUCUUGCUGAAACAACCGAUCAGACUAUCAAGGACUACUUCGGCAAAUACGGCGAAGUCGAGGUCGUCGACCGUCCAGUCGACAAAGCAACCGGUAACUACAAAGGCUUCUGCUUCGUUACUUUCAAACGCGACGGCGUCAUGAAGACUGCCUGCCGAGAUCGCUACCACGAAAUCGACGGAAAACGAUGCGAAACCAAAGAAGGAGUGCCAAAGAACCAGAUGCCACGAGGCGGCCGUGGAGGUUAUGGCGGUUACGGUGGUCCAGGCGGCUACGGUGGCGGACCUGGUGGCUAUGGAGCUCCUGGAGGCUACGGUGGAUACGGCCAGGACUUCGGCGGCUAUGGCGGAGGAUACGGCGGCUACGGAGGAGGCCGCGGUGGAGGACGAGGCGGCGGCCGAGGGGGUGGUCGCGGUGGUGGCCAGUCAGGCGCUCCAGCUUGGGGACAGCCAGGAGGAGGCUACGGUGGUGGAUACGGAGGCGCUUACGGCGGCUACGACGCUCCCGGAUCAAUGCGAGGCGGCGGACGAGGCGGUGCUGCAAGGCAUCAGCCAUACUAG